UCAUACAUGUGUUCUUUAUUCUUUUUUGCCUUGCAAUCUUCAUCUUUCUAUAUCCUUGAUCCUGUACAGGAUCCUGAAACAAGAUAUAUAGACAAUUAAGAAGAUAGAAUGAGUCUAUUUCUGGAAACCCAAAUGAAAGAUCACUUGGGAUUAAUAGCUAAGCGAGAGGAAGGCGGUGAAGAAUCCAAUCUUGUUCUAAGCCUCGGAACUCUAAGCGCGAAAACCCUGGCCGGAAAAGAAGACAGAGCUAAGCAUACCGAUCAUAUCGAAACCGAUGAAGUUGAUGGCGAUCUCUCGCUAGGUUUGGAGUACUUCCAACAAGCUCCGAGUCCAGAUAAUCACGACAAUCUGAAAGGACCUAAGAAGGAUGUUGUUGCAGAGGAGAUCAUAUCGCACCAACAAACCAACCUGAAGAGAGCCAGAGUUUCAGUGAGAGCCAGAUGCGAUACCCCAACAAUGAACGAUGGGUGCCACUGGAGGAAAUACGGGCAGAAGACGGCCAAAGGAAAUCCAUGUCCACGGGCGUAUUACCGCUGUACUAUUGCACCAGGAUGCCCUGUGAGAAAACAGGUACAGAGAUGCGCCGAGGACAUGUCCAUUUUGAUAACCACCUACGAAGGAACUCACAAUCACGCGCUGCCCCUCUCUGCCACGGCCGUUGCCUCGACCACCUCUGCCGCCGCGAGCAUGCUCGUGUCCGGCUCGCUGACCUCCUCUGCUAGCCAGAUGCAGAGCCAAUUCGCAUCCUCGCAUCCUACCGUCACGCUGGAUCUCACGGCUCCUUCCUCGACGCCCCAGUUGAAAGUCUCUCAUCCCGCGGCCUCGAGGUAUUACCCCUCAUCGAGCUUCGGCUUCGCCCCUUGGAACCGUAGUAGCAGCGGCGCGCCGUCGCAGGUCGCGGCGAGCCAGUCUGCGCUGACCGACGCGAUCGCGGGGGCGAUCACGUCGCACCCGAGCUUCCGGUCUGCUUUGGCGGCCGCCAUAACCUCGUACAUCGGCGGAGAGCACGGAGCUCCGCCUCAUGGCUUGUUCGUCGAGGAUGGCUCGAGCCGUGUUAAUGAUGUUCAUGUGCAUCGUCAACAAGAGAAGGAAAAGGCGCUUGCAAUGCAAGCGCCGAGGUACUCGACGGUGUUCGAUUCUUUGAACCUGAACCUGAACCAGAUACAGUAGGAACAAAGGUCAGUGACGGCUAGCUAGAUUUCAGUUGGACAUCGAUCGUGUAUAUAUAUUUAAGUCGGAAGACAUGCAUUGGAGCUCGAUUGUUAAAUGUAUUUAGUCAGAACAGUUUGCUUCGUUUGUUUGAGAUAAAAUUGAAGAAAGAACAGGU